AUUACCUUCCUCGAGCUGUUUACAGGCAACUGUGUGAAAGGUCACUGAAUCGGCGCACGGUUUUGAGUGAAAUCUUUAAUAUUCAGUGUCACUGCACUGCGUCUUCCCUCUAACACCAACUACAACAUCUGCAACUGGACACAAUCACCAGAUGUUCACUUCUUGCUUUUGGGUUUCUUUCCUCUUUGCAGAACGGUUCAUCUUUCUUUGAGGUGUAAUAUGGAUAAUCAUGCGUUCGAAUCGGUGGCCGAGAGAACGUUCCAGUAUCAGUCCACGCUGCCACCCCUGCCCGUGCCCUCUCUGGAGGAAAGUUUCAACAAAUACCUGGACGCAGUGAAGCCUUUUGCUUCGGAGCAGACGUUUCGCAACACAGCAGCCAUCGUGAAACGCUUUACUGAGGGAAUCGGGCAACACCUUCACCAACGACUCCUUCAACGAGCCAGGAGCAGGCGAAACUGGUUGGAAGAAUGGUGGUUGGAUGGCGCGUAUUUGGAAGUUCGAAUCCCGUCUCAGCUCUAUGUGAACUUUGGAGGUCCAGGGCCGUACCUCGAGCACUUCUGGCCACCGUGUGAUGGGACGCAGUUGGAGAGGACCAGUUUUGCGACAUGGCUCACGCUUCAGUACUGGGACCUCAUCCGCACUGAGAAGUUGGCAAUCCAUAAAGCAGGAAACAUGCCCUUUGAUAUGGAUCAGUUCCGCAUGCUCUUCUGUACCUGCAAAGUACCUGGUGUUAAGAAGGACAGCAUUCUCAACUACUUUAAGACAGAAAGCGAAGGCCCAUGUCCCUCUCACCUCACUGUAAUGUGUCGUGGUAGAAUUUUCAUUUUGGACGCUCUCUGUGACGGACGCAUCCUCACUCCUCCUGAAUUAUUGAGGCAGCUGACCUAUAUUAAAGAAAGCUGUGAUGGAGAGGUCUCGGGUGAUGGAGUGGCUGCUUUGACCAGUGAAGAGAGGACGAAAUGGGCUAAGGCACGAGAGCAUCUGAUCUCCAUCGAUCCUGUGAAUAAGAACAUCCUAGAGACUAUCCAGAGCUCGCUGUUUGUUAUCACACUGGACGACGCCAAACCGUAUUCCACCCCGGAGAAUUACACCUCGAUGACCCUGCUGGCUCUGACAGGAGACCCCACUAUUCGGUGGGGCGAUAAAUCCUACAAUAUGAUCAGCUUCGCCAACGGCACCUUCGCCUCCAACUGUGACCACGCACCGUACGAUGCCAUGGUCUUGGUGUCGAUGUGUUAUUACAUGGACCAAAAAGUGAAGGCUGCCGGCGGAAAAUGGAUGGGUACAGAAGUGGUACGAGACCUUCCUGAUCCAGAAGAGCUUGUGUUCACUGUAGAUGAAAAAGUCCAGAGAGACAUUACACUGGCUAAAGAGCAGUACAGCAAAAGUACUCAAGAUCUGCAGCUCAUCUGCUAUGCCUUCACCUCUUUUGGGAAAGCAGCGAUCAAAAAGAAGAAACUUCACCCGGACACAUUUGUACAGCUGGCAAUGCAGUUAGCAUACUACAGGCAACAUGGAAAACCUGGGAGCUGUUACGAAACCGCUACCACACGUCGUUUCUAUCACGGACGAACAGAGACUAUGAGGCCGUGUACAGUGGAAGCCAUCCAGUUAUGCAAAGUCAUGCUGAAUCCCUCAGCGACUGCUGAAGAGAAAAGAAAAGCUGUGCUCAGUGCUUUCAACAAACACAACAAGCUGAUGGAAGAGGCUCAGAAAGGAAAAGGCUUUGACAGACAUCUUUUGGGCCUGUACAUGAUUGCCAAGGAGGAAGGACUUCCUGUUCCUGAGCUUUACACUGACCCUCUCUACACUGAGAGCGGCGGCGGAGGGAAUUUCGUCCUUUCCUCCAGCCUUGUCGGCUACACCACUGUUCUGGGGGCCGUCGCUCCCAUGGUGCACCAUGGCUAUGGCUUUUUCUACCGCAUCCGUGACGACAGGAUCGUCGCAUCCUGUACUGCCUGGAAAUCCUGUCCAGAGACGGAUGCUGAGACGUUUUUCCAGAACUUGUGUACUUCCUUUCAUGAGAUCAUGCAGGUCAUGACUCUGUCCAACCUGUAGGGUAAAACUGGGCAACUGAGUAAUUUCUUUUAGUAAAAUUUCUAGCUAAUGUACACAAGCUGACAUUGAUCAAAGUGCCUCUAGCUGUUUAAAACCUCAGGCUUCCAUUUGAUACGAUUUAGAUUCCGAAGUAAACGAGUUGAGUAGUCUUUGUCCGAGAUUUUUCAGCUUUGCAGCUGAUCUAGCUUGUCUACGUGGCGUUAAUUCGCAAAUGAUUAUUACACAAACAUAGAAAUUAUUUCUACAAAGCAAUUGUGUGUAAAAUAAUCACAUUUUUGAAAUCGAAAGAUCGAUUCAAUUAUUCCGAUAGUUACACCUGUAGCAACUAAAGCAUUUAAAUUCAGUAAGUAGUAAUAAAAAAUAAACAGAAUAUUCAUAAAAGGUUCUCUUUAACCAAACAGCACUUCAGGUUGUUUUACACCUCCUUUUCUCUCUGUUGAAAAACUAGGGUGCAGCCAGCAUUCCAAUUCAUCCCAAAGUUGUUUAAUAGGGUUGAGGUCAGAGCUUUAUAGCAGACCUCUAAAGAUCUUCCACACCAAACAAUGUAAAGGAUAUCUUUAUGGAGCUAACUUUGUGCAAAGAGGCAUUGUCAUGCUGGAUCAGGUUUGGGUCUCCUAGUUGAAAUUUAGUGCUGCCAAAUCCAAAGGCAUUCUAUACAAUAUUCUAACAAUUUGGGAUAGAACCACAUAUGGCUGGAAAUGUCAGGUGUCCCAAAACUUUUUGUCCAUAUAGUGUAUAUGUAGUUGUUCAGUUUUCAAUAUUUAAAAAAUGCUCAAUAAGAUGAGAUAUUGGGAGUCAGAAGUCCAGUGUGAGCACUACAUUAUAAGACCAACAAGAGUACAGUACCUUCUAUUAGGAUUUAGUUUGAAUUCUCAAAAAUGAUAAAGGAAUUCACUAAAUAAAGUCAGCAAAAAAUGAAAUCAGCUGCUAAUCAGAAAUGCAGCUGUCUCUCACAUCACGCAUCCUUUUCUUUUUAGAAAAAAAAUAGUACAGUUAAACUCAAACAUAAUUGCUGUCUGGAUUUGGUAGAUAAUUAUCUAAUUAACAAAUUGUAUGCAUCAAAUGAACCAUAUGGUUCAGGUUCAAGAUGAAACCCAGCACUAAUGUUCAGCUCUUUUACUGGCAUUACUUUACAGAUCGAAACUCUAUCCACAGCUGCUCUAGAGCCGGUGCACAGAAAAUGCAAAAUAACACUUAUCUAUCUCAAUGUUGAAUGUAUAACAUACACUUUAAAUCCACCUUGCAAAGAUCAAUGCAAGUAAACUGAAACAAUGCAGUCAUUCAUACUUCAUUUCAUUACUGUAAGUUUUCUCAGUUUUAUGCUGUUUUGCUCAGUUUUAUUUCACAGAAACAGUUCUUCUGUGCUGCUUAUAUUUCUGUAUUUUGAUUAUAGAUAAAGAAUGUUUGACUUGUACUGUAUUAUUAUUACUAACCAUUUAAGCCAUUUUUUUCUUCCCAUGCAAAUGUGGAUUUGUUAGAAUUUUGCCUGAUUUUUUUUUUUUUUUUUUUAUAUAUAUAUAUGCAUCAAAUGCGCAUAACCAGAUGACUUAAACAGCACAUUUGCAUAAAAAGUAAUGGCAUCAGCAAGUACUACAUAAUUAAAGAAAAUAGAACUAUGGAGCUGCAAGGCAACACUGAUGCAGUGUAAACAGAAAUGUAUCAGAGCAAUGAUAUGAUAGUAAUAUGAUAGGGGAUCUGACCAGAGGGUAGAAAUUGGCAGCUGACCAAAACUGGGGAGAAAAUGAUAUGACUAAACACUUAUGCAAUACUGAUAGAUUUGUCUUCCUAGAUGUAACGUCUCAGCUCUGUGUCGACUGUCUGUAUGCACUGAAAUAAUUCACUGCUUUUUCUGUAAUAAUGUGUAAAUGCUUUAUGAAUGUGGGGUAUGUGAUCAUAUCAUAUAAAACUGUGCCAGACAAUAAUGUCGAUUCUUACACAACAGUAAUGCUUCCUGUAUACAUUUACUGCCUGUAUAAAUAUAUAAAAAGAUUUAAAAUAAAACUGUAAAUGGAUUUUA